GCUGUAUUAGACAUCCGGUGUUUAUAAUAAACCAAUCCAAUGUUACAACACGGAGUAGUCCAUAGAGGCCACAAAAUACCCUUUGAAAGUUUUUUGGUUCUGCAUCUAAACAUGGUAUAUAUGUAAAAAAUGUUUAUACACUUAUUGUGAAAUUAAUCAUCAAUGGAAACAUACGCAAAAAAAUCUUAAAAUGGGUAUUCCAGGCUUAACAACUUUUAUAAAUAAUCGUUCUGAUCGUUAUUUGGAAUAUUAUGAACUGCGUGACACAUAUUUGGUAAUCGAUGGUAAUAGCGUUUGUUGUCAAAUAUAUAAUUUAUACGCUAAAUGUAAUUGUGCAUUUGGUGGUGAUUACGAUAAAUUUGCUCAAUGCGUGUCAGACUUCUUUGACGAACUCUUAAAAUGCAAUGUGAUACCAUUGGUCCUAAUGGAUGGUGGUUGUGAAGACAAAAAAUUAAAAACAGUUAUAUCCAGAACUAAAGAAAAAAUUCGAGUGGCAUCUUUUUUUUCUCCAGUCAGUCAGCAGUGUAUGAAAUUUUUCCCUUUAUUAAAUAACCUUGUGUUUAAGGAAGUUUUAAGGGAGAAGAACAUUAGACAUGUUCAAUGUUUAUUUGAGGCUGAUAAUGCCAUAGCUGCUGUGGCAAGAAUACUGAAUUGCCCUGUGCUCAGUUAUGAUUCAGACUUCUAUAUCUAUGGAACAUUGUAUAUACCAUUUGAUACGUUAGAACCUCAUAUAGUAAAGAGUUCAGAUGGACAAAGUUAUAUGAAACGCUGUAAAAUUUAUAGAGUCGAGUACCUGUUGAAUUCUUUUAAAGGUUUAAGUCAGUCCAUGCUGCCAUUGGCUGCUAUAUUAUUAGGAAAUGAUUAUGUGAAGCAUGGUAUAUUUAAAAAUUUUUUCAGACAAUUAAAAUUGCGAGGAAUCGGAAAAAAAAGAUACAAUCAUAGAUAUUAUAACAUAGAAGCAACUUUUAUUUGGCUGAGUAGAUGUACUCUGGAUAAAGCAAUCAUUGGUAUUCUAAGUAGAUUGCGUAAACCUACGAGACAAAAAAUAUUGAGCUUAAUAGAAAUCAAUAUAAAUGGUUACACAAAUGCAUCUGCAGAUAUACUUGUCCCCUUAGGAUUCUCAAAGGAAUUUGCUGCUCAAGUUACAACACAUUCUGUAAAUAGAAUUUUUAAAUUUGAUGGAGAUAUUAAUAAUUUGACGUACAUAGAAGAAACCUGUAACGAAGGGGAUGGUGAAACAAGCGAAGAUGAAGAACAGAGCGAUGAACUUGAAAUAUUAGAUACAUCUAAUGUAUCAGAAUUUAUUUCCUCCAAUGCAUUAAUUAGAAAGUUACCUGUAUGGUUUUUGAAUGAAUUUCUCAUGGCCAGGUAUCCUUCAUAUUUUAUGGACUUAUUAAUUCGUCGUUUAUAUGUUUGUCCAGUACAAAUAGAAGAUCAUCAUUAUCCAUCAAGCAUUGUAAUAAGUUUAAAAAUUAUUAGUCUUAUAUUUGCACUUUUAAAAUCAGGGCUAGAAAAUCAGAGAAAUGUUAUGCGAUACAUGAUAAGAAAUUGUAAUAACAAAAUUACAUAUCACGAAUUAGAAAGCUCCAAUAGUAUACUUUCCUGUGCAGUACCAUCUCUGUAUAAUCUUAGAAAUAUUCCCUUAAUAAUUCGACAACAGAUUGUAAAUAAUACCUUAGGAAUUAAGGACAAUCAAUGUAUAAAUGAACUUUUACCAGAAUGGAUAUUAUAUAUUGCUUGCAUGAAAUAUUGGACCGAAUAUCAAGAACUGUAUAGAUUGCAUAAGUGUUAUGCAUAUUCUUUAUUUGUUUCUUUGUUAUUUAAUAUAAUAGAUUCCAAGAUAGGAAAGCACAGAAAUAUGAACUAUUUUCAAAAAAAAUAUGAUUCAGUAAUUCAGAAUACACAGAAAAAAAGGAAAGCAAGUAAUUAUAAGCCACAAUAUGAAAUGAAUGUUACAAUUUUUGAAGCCUAUAAUGAUAUUAAUCCAGAUGAUUGUUUAUUAGCAGCACCAUUUUUUAUUUCUCAUUUCGAAAUGGACAAAAAAUUAUAUUCAAAUCCAAAAAAAUUUAAUAGGACAAUUGUUCAUGCAUUCGCGGAUUUUCAAAGCUGCUUAUAUCAAACUAUGAACUUGAAUGCACUCUUAGAUUAUCCUUACCCGCAGAUCAAAAUUGCUAAUUUGCUUAAUGGUACCUUAUUAUAUAAUUUCUGUAAUAAUUUUAAGACACGUUGUAAUAUCGAUAUAUACAUAAAUACAGUUUUGCAAAGUUCUCCAAGUUUGUUAAGACUGUUGCAUGUACUUUUACUGAAAGUAAGACCUCUGUUUCCACAAUUAUUUCAAAAUGAAGUAAAUUCUCAGAGAAAACAAGUAAUCAGAAGGAAACGCGUGAAAUCUAACAAAAAUGAAAUUGAUAGCGAUAUGGAGUAUUUCAGUGCAGAUGAAAAUUUACAAGAAUCAUCAUUUUAUGAUGCAAACAAUUCUUUUUCCAUGUUAAACUUUACAUGAUAAAUGUCUUAAUCUUAAUUUUAAUUUGUAAACAUAUAUACAUAUAUAUUUUAUAAAAUUGUAAAAUAAUAAUAAAUUGGUGAAUCACAA